AUGACUAUAACAAGUACGAGCUCGAUACCGACGACGACAAAUAGCACACAACACUCACAUCAACCCCAAACACAAUCAAGUCUACCGAAUGAAUCUGAUGAAUUAGGUAAAUAUGGAUUACAAGGACUAUCAUCAUUAGUAAGAAUGGAACAAUCAGAUUUUACAAGUUUUGCAAUAGGUCAAGAUAUAAGUAAAUGUGGUUUAGAUUUAUCUACAGAUGUUGAAAUUUUAAAAAAUUUAUCAAGUCCAUGGUCUGAAACUUCUCGAAGUGAAGUUGAACCUUAUUUUCAUAUUCCAAAAUAUUUACAAAGUAAAUCAAUAAAAAAUUCAAAUUUUGAUAUAACUUCAAGUACAAAUACUGAAUCAAAAAUCCAAUCAUUUACAGAUGAAACAUUAUUUUAUAUUUUUUAUAUGAAACCAAGAGAUACAUUACAAGAAUAUGCAGCAAGAGAAUUAGUUGCAAGAAAUUGGAGAUAUCAUAAAGAUAUUCAAGUAUGGUUAACAAAAGAUAGUAAUGUUGAACCUAUAUUGAUUGGUCAAGAUGUUGAAAAAGGUGUAUAUAUAUUUUUUGAUCCUCAUAAUUGGGAAAAAAUUAGAAAAGAAUUUGUAUUACAUUAUAGUUCUGUACAAGCUUGA